GUGUGCCGAGUUAAAAGCUAUGCGGAUGUGAAGCCGUUGUUACCGCAUCGUAUAGUUCGUUUAAUGGAAAUUCUCGAGUAUUAUAGUCCGAGCCGAAUUGGAAAAAUCGAUCCAAAUUUCGCGUUUUGCGGUAUUAUAUUCGUUGAACAACGUUAUGUUGCAUACGUUAUGAAUUUGUUGCUGAAAGCGAUCGCGAAAUGGAACAAAGAGACGUUCGAUUAUUUGCGUCCUGAUUUUGUGAUAGGUUAUAAUAGUGUCAAUGUUGGCUCUGAGGAAACGUUGGCCCUACAUAAACGACAAGAAGACGUGUUGCGUAAAUUUCGACAGAAGCAUUUGAAUCUGUUGGUAGCGACCAGUGUGUUGGAGGAGGGUGUCGAUGUGAAGCAAUGCAAUGUGGUCAUCAGAUUCGAUCGACCCACUGAUUAUCGAGCUUAUAUCCAGUCAAAAGGACGUGCUCGUAAAGAAGGUGCUAAUUACUUUAUGUUAGUCGAGCAGAGUGACAAAGCAAAGUGCGCAUCAGAUCUCAGAGACUUCUUUCAAAUUGAGCAGGUAGGGCACUUUCUUUUAAUGAUACAUUAUUCCUAUCAUGGCACUAUGCUGUUGAAACGAUACAGAACCACACACAAUCCACCAGAUGAUCUUCCGUUGUUGGGUGAGAUUGACGUCGACUGUAUAAUACCGCCGUAUGUGGUCGAAUCGACCGGUGCUAAAGUUACAAUGUCUUCGGCGAUAUCGCUCGUUAAUAGGUCACUUGAGUUGUUCUGUUUUAAGAUGACUGUCACACAUUUUUUGACGGACUGCAGUAAAUUAACCGUACUGAUUCGGUUGAAUCUCUUGUGUCUCAUUUUAUAUUUGCUUGCGCUAAGGAGCGACAAGAAUUUUAUUAGUGGUCGAUUGUUGCGUUUUGCAUCAAUGAGCUUUUGA